UCGCCAUCUUUACUAUUGAUGACAUGGCAGUCAUCCGAAGGAAUGCAGUUUUAAAACGUCCUAACCAUGGCUCAGUAUCUCACUACACAUAUGAGAAGGCGCACGUCGUUGUUGGGGGAAGGGGUAUCUACACACCGGCUUAAAGUCAAACUUGACGAUGAAGAGUUAAUCGACGAAGAUGAAAAUGCACACGAAUUUGUAAAUCUCAACGUUGGCGGAAUCUUGUUUCGUACAUGUCGUCGAACGUUAGAUAAUAUUUCAGACACGAGGCUCUCAACACUUCAUAUAUCAGAUUCAAAUUAUAAUGCAGAAAAAGAGGAGUAUUUCUUUGAUAGAAAUUCUGCAAUUUUCCCUUGGAUUCUUGAUUGUUAUCGCCAUAAAGAGUUGCAUUUACCGCGGUCAUUUUGUGCAGUUGCAGUACAAAAUGAACUUCACUAUUGGGGACUACAAAUAAACCACUUCAGUGCUUGUUGUAAGAAGGCAUAUUUGGAUGGUCUUGAUGAAAUUACUACUAAUGAAAUUCUCCUUCAAGAGUUUCAUGAAAUACAAAGGAAUGUUUAUGCAGUUGAAAGUAAGAUUAAUAAGGAGUCGUCUUGCAGAACAAUCAUGUGGAACUUUCUAGAUAAACCACAGUCCUCUUUGGGAGCUCAGGUGUGGUCCUAUGUGUACCUGACGCUCACAGCUUUGUCUAUACUGACAUUUUUCAUUGAAACACUGCCGGCAGGGAGAGUAGAAGUAACACGGGGAAAUGCCACGUUUGCAGAGGGAGACACAUCAAUUAACAACCACAAGGUACGACUUCUCGUUACAACCGAACCUCACGCCGCUCUGAUGAUUUUUGACGUUUUCUGCAUGAUCUUUUUCUCCCUAGAAUUUAUCGUACGCCUGAUCAUCUGUCCGCGGCGGAGGCGACUAAUGGUAAGAGCGACAACAAUAUUUGACCUUCUUUAUCUGAUCCCAGCAUGGCUGACCACCAUCAUCUACUGGACUGACAACAACUUCUGGCGCCAUUCCAGUCACGUGCUAGGAUUCCUGAUCUUACAAGCUGUCAAGGUAAUGAGAGUGUUCCGGAUUUUCCGGGUGAUGCAGUAUUUCCGAGGCCUGAGGAUUCUUUGGCUCGCGGUGAAAGCUAGCGUCCGAGAACUGUUUCUAUUGGCGGCGUUCAUCUUGUUAUCAAUAACCAUAUUCGCGUGUUUUAUAUACUGCGCGGAAAUCUCUAACGAGAAUAGUUUCGACAAUGCUGUAAUAGGACUUUGGUGGGCUCUGAUUACCAUGACGACGGUAGGAUAUGGUGACUACUAUCCGGAAACUUGGCCAGGUUAUAUUGUCGGCAGCGUCUGCGCACUGACAGGUAUUAUUUUGAUUGGCAUGCCUGUUCCCAUUAUUGCCAGUAACUUCCAUGCUUACUACGGACUGAGAAUACCAAUGGAAGGUAACACGGAAGAAAAUAAACAGAAACAUAUUCCAGUACGGAAACGGAAGGUAUCCCCUGCUAGGCAGAUGUAGACAGCCUACAUUAUCUUAUGCUUUUCUGGCAAUAAUAUGCUAGCAUAAUAACUCGUACCGUAUCACAUCGAGUUGUAUGAUUUGUAAAAAAAAAGCAAGGCCAACCCACGAAGUUAUUGAUGUGGGGCGGUUUGCAAUCAUGUGCACUGAAAAUAGACCUAUACAUAUAUGUAUAACAAAUAUAUCAAAAUUAACACUAAUUCUAUUUAUUCUGUUUGGUUGUAAGUUGUAAACUAUAUAACUGUAUAUAUGUACAUAGGUUUUACCAUCAAUGUUUAAUUAUAAAAGUAUGGUACUGUUUAUCGACGGCUGGGGACACGAUCUUUUGCAUGUAUAGAUUAAUGCUUUUUCCUGUGAUAUUUAUACACAUGUGUUUUUCUAUCAAUUCAAUGCUAUCAUUCAUUCUUCAUUAACGAUUAAAACACGGUACAGGUACCUCGCAUUUAACAUCAAAUCGUACUAUUUGUAAAGAUUCCAUUUCAAAAUAUAAACACCUUGUAAUAUAUAUAUAAACUGGUUUUCCAUGG